GCGCGCUCCCAUGGCCCGGCGGCGGCGGAGGCGGCACGGCGGGGCCGGUGGCCCGGCAGCGGCGGGGCGGCAUGCCGGGGGCGGCGGGGCGGUAGCGGCGGCGCUGAGUCGGUGCCGGGGCGGCGGGAGCGGCGAUGCGGCUGCUCGGCACCUUCCUGCGGCUGCUGGUGGUCGGGGCGCUGGGGGCGCCGCCCGCCCCGGCCCCUGAGGUGCGGGGGACCGCCAGCGCGGAGCCGCCCGUCCUGACCUUUCGGGAGAUCUGGAAUCGUAGUUUCUGCCGUCCUCUGGAGCAGCUGGUGGACGUCAUUACUGAGUUCCCCAACGAGGUGGAGUACAUUUUCAGACCCUCCUGCGUGUCCCUGCAGCGCUGUGGAGGCUGCUGUGGGGACGAGGGUCUCCGCUGCAUCCCGGUGGAGACAAGCACGGUCACCAUGCAGCUCCUGAAGAUAAAGCCAAAUGGGGAGGCACCCUAUGUGGAGAUGGCGUUCACUGAGCACAAGCGGUGCGAGUGCAGGCCCCGGCAGGACCUGAUGAGGUUGGGAAGGAGGAGGUCCAAGGGCCGAAGUAAGAGAAGACAAGACAAGAAGAAACGUAAAGACUGUGAACUAUGUGGCACGCCCCGCAGGUAGCCUCUGUUCUGCCUCCGGCCUUGCUCCUGCUGCCUGGGUUUGAGCCAGCUGUGUUUCCCCUGGCGUGGGGGCUUUGUGGAGCCGUGCCCCUCCAAGCAAUGGUGGGGAGCAGGACUCUGGCAGGACAGAGCUGCAGGACUCUUGCUUGGCCCUGGCGGGAACGCAGCCUGGAACUGAGGGCUCUCUGGCCCCAUACGAACCAGUGGCAGCAGGACAAAAGGACCCAUGACCAGGGCUGGGGCUGAAGAUGAGGAGCUCAAGCAGCGUGAUGGUGUUCGAGGGCAUCCUGGGAGCAACAAGGAGUGGAGCUGGUGGAUGUGCCGCUGGAGCUGGCUAGGGACAGCAUGAUGUGGGGGGCAAGCAGAGAUGGCUUGGAGGGCUGCAGAUGCAAAACUGCUCUGUCCUGCCAGCGCCCUGCAGCUGGGGAGGAAGGAAACCUGGGGCAGGCAAGGCUGUGGGGCUGUGUCUGUGCCAGCCUUGGCAUGGGGCAGCCCAGGAGGGUGCCAGGCAGCUUGCCUGGGAAGCUCUUCUGAUGGGGAAGGGGUGGGAACUGGGGUUGCCAGGGCUCCUCACGCACUCACAGCCACAUCCCAGCCUUGCCCUGCUCAAUAAAACCUGGUGGCCUGACGCAGGAGCCAGUAGUGAGAGCAAUCCCAUCUGCUUUCCAGCAGCUGCAGGCAGGGCUCUUCCCCUGGGCACACCCCUGGGCUGGAGGAGGGCAGUCCCAUGGUGGCCCAGGGCUUGUCCCUGGCACAGACUCCUGCAGCACCCAAUGGGCUGCCCCUGGUGUGAUGCUGAAGAUGGGUAACCGGUAGGCCAGGACCAAACUGCCCCCCAGGCUGGGGGCUACCCAUGUGCUGGAGCUCAGGGGGGUACUGGGAGACCCCUGGGGGAACUGCCCUUCUCCACACCAUGGCGUGGGGCUGGUACCUCUCCCUAUUCACCAUCCCCAUCCUGUUCUCACUCCAGUCCAAAUGUCUGGCUUGCUGUCCUGUGGCUUUCCUUCUCCCUGGCUGGGCUGAUGUGAGGUUAGGGUGGGGGGGGGGGGGUCAGGCUGCCUGUGGGCCUUUCCCACCCAAGAAACACCCCACCAAGGCUCACUCACCCAGCAUGGGGGAAGGCUGGCCUGGGGGCCCUGUCUCUUACUGAGAACCUCCUGGGGUAUGCAAGGGGCUGGUGGUCCUCAUCGAGGUGGCUGUGAGUGCUGCUGUUUCCUGCUUUCCCGGUCAGCCAGGUCCGGGGGCAGCCCCAGCUCUUGUUCCUGGGUCCUUAAGCAGUGCCCCUGGGGCUCUUCCUCUCCCCUUUCCCACCCCUGCUGCAGGGAGGCUGGCUGCCAAAUGCAUCCCGUGCUGCUCUGUGUGAGCCGUACGGAACGGUGCACAUAGCUAGAAACCCUACGGGUGAGUUGGGCACCAGCAUGCUUGUGGGGCACCCCUGGCACGGGGUUAAAACAAAAUCAAGGGUUAUUCUUGAAAGCUUCAAGCAAAAGGCUGGAGGGCAAGAUGUGCAAAGGCUUCAGUGUUACCAUUGAAGGAGGUGACCUGUGGUUUAUCCUGUGCUGAGGAACAGGAGUGGAGCCUAAUGUGGCAGGUGUUGGGGUCCAAGGCAGCUCCUCCCCACAUCUGACAUGGCAGCCCGUAGCCGGGGCAGGGUCCCUCAGAGCCGUCAUGCUGGUGCUGCCUGGGGCAGGGCAGGUCCUGUGGCAGCGGUACCCUGGCAGGGAAAGCUGGUGGUGGGUGUUGAGAUGAUGGGAACCUCCAUGCUGCUACCAUGCAGCUGGGCAUGGACUGGGCGAGUUGCACCCAUGCAGCUGGGCAUAUCCUCCAGGAGCUUGCUGGAUCCCUUUUGGACCCCAUUUCUACUUCUGGCACCCACAGUGUCCUGGGGCACAGCCUAGGUGGGCUGUGCCUCAACAACAGCCCAUGAAGCUCCUCCUUGGCUGCCUCACGGACGAGGGGGACUCACUGGUCCCCUUCCCACGCCACUCCGGGUCUGCGUGGGCCACGUGGCACUCCAGCUGCAGUGGCCUGUCCUGGUCCAUGCAGGCUCUCCCUACCCCUGCGUGCUGUUUCAGCCUGGCUGGUUGUGCUUUGAGGCUGAGGAGAACUGCGUGCCGCGCUUGGGGGAUGUACGUGAUGGUUUCUGUAUUGUUUAAAAGUUUCACCGUGGUAGUAUUAAACUUUAAAAAGGAAGUAACAAACCCAAGGAUAUUAAUUAAUAAAAAUAAGUUUGUCAAUAGUGGUGAUUAGGGUUAAAAAAAAU